UCCUUCUUGCGUGCUAGCAUUCUGCACGCUGGCGCUCCUGCAAGCGCCGUUCUGCUGUGCGCAACCUUCUUUCCCACACAAUCAAUAAACUUCUAACCUAAAUAACGCUCUCGCGAAGAGUUCGUCCGCGAGUGCGCUGCAGCGCAGUCGAAACCAGCGCAAACAAAACACUUGUGCUCCACAAUUUCGUUCAUUUCAUUUCGUUGCAGUUAUAAUCCUACGCAUUACACGCAUUGAUGGCUGCUGUCUGUGGAGUGCACCAGGAUCGACAGGAUGCGACCGUGUGGCGAGUCGCGUUCGCGGAUGAUGGCGUGCGUGCGCGAGCGCUGGGAAUUCGCCGAAUGUAAAUAAAUCACUCGGAUUGGCGAUACGAUGCGAGAGCAACAUGGAAGGCGAUAAAAACGAGUCCUGCUACACGAUUAACAAAGGCGUCGUUCGCAGGGAGCCACCACAAUCGUCAUCCAAGAGUGAUUAUUCCAGUCGUUCAAAGGCAGCCAGUCACGAGGAUUUCGCGCAGGCUGAAGAAGGCGCUCUUUAUUCGGUCUCACAGCGGGUGCCAACUGUUAGCACCAGUUACUCCAGUCUGUGUGGGGCUACUGAAGGACCUGCGGUGCAGUACGCUGAAUGGGAACGUACCACAUCGACGGAUACAAAGGAUACCUCGUCGGUGGCGUCAGAAAAACAAACUACUGAAACAAACACGAAUUCAUCAGGACCGAGUUCAGUGGUCUCCGGUUCGAUGUUGCCGCCAUUGGAAGCGACGACGGCGACGUUGGGUCCGCUGGUGCCGACUUGUGUGUACAUGCACAACGAUGUCGCCAUCAUGCUGGACGUGGAGGAUUCUCCAAACGCCUCUGCGGACCAUCUUAUGAUGGCAAUCGUCAAUUCGGAUGAGUUAGGACUCAAUAAACAAGUCGCGCUGCAAUGUUUUUCUCUAUGGAUGUCAACGCCAUUAUUGCAACUUCAGUUGAAGCCUACACAUAAACCUUACGAUGUGCGGCGAGCUUGGAGAAGUCUUUUGGCGCAAUAUAGUCAUGGGAGUUAUCACAAGCAACAACGAGACGAGCCGAUUAUUUCCUUUCAAAGGAAUGUUUUCUUUGCGCAGCAUUUAGAAGAGAAAAUCAAGGAUCAAAAAAUCUUAGAAUUGUUGUAUGAAGAAGCAAGAUAUAAUAUUCUAGCUGGAAGAUAUCCAUGUGAAACAGCGCACUAUGUAAUGCUGGGUGGGAUCCAAGCGCGGAUUGAGCUGGGCCCAUAUAAUCCGCAGGUGCAUUCAACGCACUACUUCCGUGAGGAACAGUGCAAAUAUUUACCGCCACAUGUGCGCAAGAGUCCCACGUGGACGUGGCUGCCGAUAAGCUCGAAGAACUCGGCGGAGGUGCGUUUGUUGGAGCAGUUCAAGCGGAUACCUAUUUCGGCAACGAAUCGGAAGCUCAUGCGCAAAUAUUUGGAGUUUUGUUGGUCGCUUCCUUUCUAUGGUUCAGCAUUUUUUGAAGGUCAGGUUGAGCAGCCUGUCCGUGGACUGACAAGUUUAAUGACUCACCAAGACAUUCCAGUAAUUGUCGCGAUUAAUGCCAAAGGCGUUUAUGUAAUCGACGAUAUUCAAUGCACUGUUUUGGUCGGUUUAAAAUACGAAGAAAUGAGUUGGGAUUUCGCACGGCCUUCGCGAGAGGAAGACCCCAAUUGUUUCCCGUGUUUGUUUCUGCAAUUUAUGGUUGUGGAAAAUGGCGCGCGGGUGUCAAAGAUUCUUCAGAUCUUCUCACGUCAAGCCUCGUUGAUGGACACGCUCAUUUCAGGGUUUGUGCAUCAAUUGAAAGAAAAAUCUGGCGACGAACACGAGAGGAGUUCAGCGUAUCAAAUGCCAACCGACACAACAGAUAAUAAUCAAGUGCAAAUAACGCUCGGCAAUUUGACGCACAGCACGGCGAAUCUUCCGUCGUUGUCAAACAAAUUAAGUAAAUUAACGCUAGCGACCUUCGACGAUGAUGGUCACUGCAUUGGUCAAAUGGGCUCGUGGUCUUUUACGUAUUGAAAAUAACAAGUAUUUGUUACAAUUUUUGCAAUUUACGAUAAUACUCACGAAUCACCACGAAUAUCACUAACAUUUAGUGUGUACAAUUAAUUUAUUCGUUUGUUGUUGUUUCCUCCAUACAAACAAUUUUGAUGACAAAAAGAAAACGUGUACAUUUAUACAUAUUAAAAGUAAUAAUUAAGUUUGAUAAUAAAAA